AUGUCGCCAAUUGAAACCAAGGAUCUUCCUCCUCUUGGAGCCCUGUGCUUGGACUAUACAGAUGAUAUCCACAGACCACCGGGCGACCCUUUGAACCCGUUGACGUUCGAAUUCCCCCUGCUGUACGAGACUGUCAGAGAUGGUACCGUGCGUAACGUUGUGUUUGGCGGUGCAUUCAAUGAGGCCCUCCUCGGGAACUUUGUCGAUGCGUGUAAGGAACUGUACAAGAGAGGUGCUAUCGGUGUUAUCACCUCGUGUGGAUUCCUUGCACAGAUUCAGCAGAGAAUUAAUGAGGAGAGUCCUAUCCCCGUGGCCACAAGUUCUCUUCUUCAGAUACCAAUGGUUCUCAAUAUAUCUAAGGGUACUAUUGCUGUGCUGACCUUCGAUAGCAAGAACCUGGGUGACCUCCACUUCUCUGGUAUUCGUCUGCAUGAGGAGCAGAGAAGGAGGAUCAAGGUAUUUGGCUGUAGAGAUGAUGGUCACCUGAAAAGUAUCAUUAUUGAUGGUGGGCCUUAUGUGGCCGAGGAAUUGGAGAAAGAAAUGGUUGAGUUAGCUCGUGAUGCGUUGAGACAGGACAAGACAAUAUCUGCUUUUGUUCUUGAAUGUACCCAGAUGCCCCCAACGUCAAAAGCGAUACAAAUGUCCACUGGGAAGCCUGUAUAUGACGUGGUAACCAUGAUCAAUCAUUUUUAUUCUGGAUUACUUCAAAGUGUGUUUAUGGAUGAUGAGCACAAACAAGAGGGCCUUCGUGUAAGAGAAAGAAGUGCAAAGGAAAAAGGAUGAUGAUGGAG